AUGAGAGUGUUUUUGUUGACCUUGGCCGUGUUCGGUAUUGCCUAUGGGUAUCCGGCUCCGAGUAGUGAUGAGUCGAGCGAGUCAACGGAAACGUCGAGAUUGGACAACGUCUUGGACAAAUUGUAAGCUGAACUCGGGGUUUGGGCUGUUUAUCUUUAGCAAAUUGUAAGGCUGUCUCGAUUAACAGUCUGUGAAAAUUUUAUGCCGCGUAUUUCCAUCAAUUGGCAGGAUACGCAAAAGUCAUUUUUGAAGAAAAAGAGGAAAGGUGGGCUGACAAAAUGAGGGUCUGCAAUUUUAAAGUAAAAUAUACUGGUUGCUUCUGCAAGAGCUAUACUUCGACUUUCGCUCUUGUAAAUAUUGCUACUCCUUUUUAGAUACCCCAAUCAUCGCGAUGGAGUCAAGAAGCUCUUCCAUUGCAUGAUUGCCGCUGCGAACGUAACAGAAUCGGACGAUGACAUUGCCGAUGAGCUGCUUUCCUCUGCAAAAAAACAUAGCGGGCUCAUCGCAUUUUUCAAGGAAAUGGAGCCGCACAAUAGUCACUGUUUCCACGAAACCGGCGACAAAUUGAUUACAGCUGCGGCCAAUGUUGCGGAAGCAUAUCGAAAAGACGAAAAAGAAAUCAAAGCAGAGAUCCUUCGGCACUACAGCUUUCUGGAGAACAUCGCUCCUGGAGACUAUCUCAAUCUUUUGAAUGAAUUGCAGUAAGGCGUUUAAAGACAACAUUUUUAUAGCUGUGAUCAAAAAACAGUCCAAAUUUUAGGGAUUUAAGACCCAAAGAUGACCCCCACCCUUGGUACUUGAGAUGCUCGAAGUCAGAUCCAAAUAAGCCAAUCAACAAGCUCCACAAGAUCUUUCUCGCCUUUUUCCUUCUCUCUGAGGAGUUCGUACCCGGAUCGUAAGUGGAUCAAUUUCAAUAUGAAUAUCUGAUUUCACUAAAAAAAUUCCAGUGGUGUCCCAGUCAAAAACCCCACUCACUAUUUGAACCCAAAACUAUUCACAACUGGAAACGUCCCCGCCCAGAAGUUGAUUGUCAAUUGCAUCCCGGAAUCGGAGAUCUGA